AUGUUUCGCUUUUCAUUCCUCUUAUUUAUAUUUCUCUUAAGUAUCAGUCGUCAGUGUUUAUGUCUUCAUGAUUAUUAUUGGCGAGAUUACAUUGAUGGUGAGGUGCCCAUAGAUGCUGUAGUCGGAGGUAAAGCUGAAGACGGUAGAAACGUUUAUAUCGGACAAGCAUAUAUACAAAACCAAGGUGACGUAGUCUGUGAAAUAUUUGAUGGAAUAAAAGAAGUUUAUGUUCCAAUAAUGCAUGCUAAAGUACAAAAAGUAAACGAGAAUAUAAAGAUACUUUGUGGCCUUCAACAAAAUUUACAUUGGGUUCCAACARAUUCUAAAAACGUGCACAAGCUACUGGUUAAWAAUAUUGCAGUGCGUGGUGGUCAUGAAGAUGGAUUGGGAGAACUGAACAUUGGAAGAAUAAAWAUUAACGGAGGCUUUAAAAUAGGAAAAAUUGAUACGUUUUACGAAACAGAUGUUCCCAUGUUUUAUAAUUAUAAUUUUAAAGAAUUAACGGCUUAUUCUUACGAAAUUCUUUUGUACAAGGAACAUAUUGGAUGAGUAAAAUAA